AUGAUGAUGAUGAUGGUGAUGAGGCUGCUGGAGGCCGCCUGUGUGGCCAAGCUGUCGCCACCAACAACGGGCCGAGCUAUGAACAACCAACAACCAACAACCAACAGCAACAGCAACAGCAACAAGAAGGGCUACAACAGCAUUCCAAGGCGAACGCACCAGCCCACAACACCAUCACCCCCCACACACACACACACACACACACACACACUCAAGAUUGCUAGCAUCUCAAGUUCCCAUCUCCGCAGCCUGGCUGCUCUGUACCAGUCCCAGCAGCGUCCCCGGGGCUGCCAUUUCGCCCAUUCGGUGCAUUCACGAACCCCAAGCGACGCGCGCGUGUGUUCCGAACCGCUUGUGUGA